AUGUUUCUCUUCGGGCUGGGCAAGCUUGUCUACGUCACCAUCCUCAUCAUCAACGCCAUCGCCGUCCUCUCCGAGGAUCGCUUCCUUGCCCGCAUCGGAUGGGGCCGCACACAGGCUGCUGAGCCGGGCUUCGGCGCGUCCUACGACAACACGAGCGUCAAGGCCAAGUCCGUCAAUCUGAUCGCCAGUGUGCGCACAGUGAUGCGAAUACCCCUUAUCGUCAUCAACACCGUGAUAAUCGCAUACGAGCUAAUCCUCGGAUAA